CUUGAAUCGGUGCAGAAACACGUAGGCGAGAAGUUCUCGUCGAAUUGAGCUGCGUUUGAUUCGAUUAAGAUUCUUCUUGUGUCUCUCAAUUGAUUCCGAGAUCUCUGCAGCAGAAAGUAUGAAACGUUGAUUGAAGUUAUGAAUAAUGCGAAUCAUAAUCUCUGGACAGAUGGUCUUAUAUGCGCCUUCGAGUUCCAUCAAAGUCGUCGUAAGAUAACUAAGAAACAAGAAUGUAAAGGAGAAGAAGAAGCAAACUUUAGGAGUUAUUGGCGACCAAUUGGUUGGGAUAGGCUCUGUGAGCUUGUUCAGACAGUUAAAGUUGAUUGGUCAGUGGAGAAUGUUCAUGAGGAUGAAGAAGAAGAUGCCACGGUUGCUGAGCUGGCUGCUCCUUACUGGGAACGACCACUUGAUGGUCCAACGUGGUGGUGCCACGUGGAUGCUAGCCAUCAAGGUGUUGCCUCGUGGCUGCGGGAUGCGCAGUGGUUACAUCCGGCUGUUAGCGUUGCUCUAAGGGAUGAAAGCAAGUUGAUUAGUGAACGGAUGAAACAUAUUUUCUAUGAGGUUCCUGUAAGAGUUGCUGGUGGGUUGUUGUUUGAGUUGUUGGGACAAUCAGCUGGUGAUCCUUUUAUAGAAGAAGAUGAUAUUCCCAUUGUGUUGAGGUCAUGGCAAGCACAGAAUUUUGUAGUGACUGCAUUGCACGUUAAAGGGUUUGCUUCGAAUAUUAGUGUGUUAGGUAUUACAGAAGUCCAGGAAAUGCUAAUUGCUGGUGGUGCCUGCAUUCCAAGAACCAUUCAUCAACUAAUCGCACAUCUUGCAUGCCGCCUUGCUCGCUGGGACGAUAGGCUGUUUAGAAAGUAUAUAUUUGGUGCAGCUGACGAAAUCGAGUUGAUGUUUAUGAACAAGAGAAUGUACGAGGAUCUAAAUCUGUUUACUAUAAUCUUGAAUCAAGAAAUCAGAAGGCUUUCCACCCAGGUUAUAAGGGUGAAAUGGUCACUUCAUGCUAGAGAAGAGAUUGUGUUCGAGCUGCUUCAGCAACUAAAAGGCCAUACAGCAAAAGACUUACUUGAAGGAAUAAGAAACAGCACUCGCGAUAUGAUCAAUGAACAAGAAGCGGUCCGUGGUCGCUUAUUCACUAUCCAAGACGUCAUGCAAAACACAGUUCGAGCAUGGUUACAGGAUCGAAGCCUCACGGUCACACACAACCUAGGAAUCUUUGGAGGAGUGGGUCUUUUACUGACAAUAGUAACUGGUCUAUUUGGAAUAAACGUAGAUGGCAUACCAGGAGCUGCAGAUUCUCCACAAGCCUUUGCGCUUUUCUCAGCCAUUCUUUUCUUCUCAGGCUUGGUGCUAGUGGUUGCGGCUUUGCUCUACCUUGGACUCAAGGAGCCAGAGACAGAAGAGAAUGUGGAGAUUAGAAAACAAGAGCUUGAUGAAAUGGUCAAGAAGUUUCAACAAGAAGCUGAAUCUCAUGCUAAGGUGUUUCAGAAAGUUCCUCAGAAUAUAGAACGCACGGCUAGUAGUACUGGUAGUAGAAUGUUAGUCCAUGAUCCAAAUGGUUACAUUCUCUUGGAAUAAAAUCAAAAUAAAAGGUUUGGUUCUCUUAAUGUAUUUGAAAUCAAAUAAUGAAAUGAAUGUUAAUACGUAAUGACAAUAUGAUGGAAAGUGAAAUAAUA